GCCGGAGCUGGGACGGACACCCUGGGGGCGAAGAAGGCGCGGAUCCUAGCAAAGGUCUCGAGCCUCAGACGGUGGUUGUUUUUGCUGCCUCAAAACAGGAAGGUCAUCAGUGGGCAUUUUCUUCACCUGUGGCACUACCUGGGUACUGAGCACACUGCCUGGGGACUGGAAAUAUGGCAGAUAUACAGCCUGAGAAUAAAAAGAGGGAUCUUCCUCCAUGGAUGACAGCCCAGGUGCCUGGGAGGAAAUCAGUACCAAUGUGGAGGCCAGCUAAGGGGAAAAAGAUCACAGUGCAGGCAGCAGAUGCAUCAUCAAGUCUGCACCCUAUCCGAACUGUGUACUUCAUGAAUGAAACAGAACUGGUGGAUGUUGCUCUGGGUGUCCUGGUUGAGUACCGUAAACAGGAAAAGCCUUUGGAGAACACAUUGCUGCUGGGAACUGAUAAGGACCAAAUUGUACAGCCUGAGUCUCCCUGGGCUUCUGGGAGCAGGAGUGAUGGAGAGGAGGAGGUGGAUGAUACCCCUCAGACACGUCCCUCAAGCAAGCAGGAGUGUUCCACCUCUGGUUACAAGAAGGGCCCAGGAGAAGAGGAUGAAGAUGCUUUAAAAUAUGUGAGGGAGAUCUUUUUCAGCUGAGAAGAUAGUUGAACAAUUCAGAGUGCAUUUUGCUUUGGCAAAAGUUGCAGAUCCUGUUAUCCUGUUGAGAUACAUCCUGCAUACCUGUGAUCCACUUGUGUUCCAGUGUCCUGAGAGAGUGUUCCCAACUGCUAUGAAGAUCUCUGCUGGCCAGCCAGUAAACUGCCUCUGCGAGAAGUCCUGAAGCCAUCUUACCUAACCCAAAGAGGGUUGAUCCCUGAAAUAAAGGGAUCAGCCUAACUGCUCUGAAAAGACUAUAAAUCUAACCAAACUGUUAUCUGGGAGGAUUAUUAGCUCUGGUAGUUAGUUGGCUGGGAUUUUCUAGACAGACAGUAUAGAGAUAGCAACCAGAAGACAACCCUUUGCAGGGUUCUUAGAAGGGGUUUGGUUUAGAUAGAAACCCUUAGACUAAGGAAUUUUAUCCCCUAAAACUUCCUUCAAGUCUACAUUGGUUUAAAAUAAACCCUGUUUGCCUAAGAGUUUGAGAAGCACACCGAGUCUGUGGAGGCCUGUCUGGGCUUCUUUAUUGUGGGAUACUCUCAGUCUCGGUAUCUCACCACUACAAAAAACAAGACUAUCCACUUGUUUCAUACCCAGAUUUGGAUUACCAUAAAAAAUCAGAUAGAGGAAUACACUUCACAGAUUCAGUGUUGCAACAAAUAUAUUUAAGCCUAGGGAAAACACCUAAGUUUCAUGUGCCUUAUCAUCCACAGAGUUUAGAACAAGUGGAGAGAUUGAAUAAAGAACUAAAAACAAUGAUUGGUAAAUUAUGUACAGAAACACACUUGAAAUGGCCUGCUAUCUUGCCAUUAGCUUUAUUUUACCUCAGAAGUAAACCAAGAGGAGAUUUGCACAUAUCACCAUAUGAAAUGUUAUUUGGACAUCUAUUAGGAUUAAUUAGGGUUAAUGAGGACCAUUUGGAGUAAUUGGGAUCUUAGCAGCUAAGGACAGGGUAAAGAAUGAUGAGUAAGGUUUCUUUAAGGCCAGACAGAAUCUUGGGAAGGGUGCCUAUUGGAAUUCUGGGUAGCCUGAGUGAGUUGGUUUUCCAACUGCCAACAGACUCCUGGAGAUUUUUUUCCUAGGAGAUGGCUGGUGUUUCUGUCCCCAGAACACUGAAAAAAUGCAGUCACAGGUGAAGGAGGAGAACAGGUUAGAGUUUCUGGAAUAAAUUUGUGGGGGAAAUCAACAGAAAAGAGAAAGAGAGAGGCAGGUUUUCUCUGUGUAGCUGCUGAGAAGGCCAAGCCAUUUUGAGGCCUGCUCAGGCUGAAAAGCCUAGCUAGACCUGGAAGGGCUAGUAGUUGGAAGAGAGAGUGCUGAAAGAGAUCAAAGGAGACAGUUAUCUUAUAUAACUGAGAGGAUACUACUUAGCAUAGACCUGGGGAUUUAGAAUAGUGAUAAGGAAUUGUAAGUUAGGCUUUGGGAAAACCCUAGCAAAAAGCAGAUUCUCACAAAUCAGAGGGAAAUUGGGGAAAAAGCUUAGAUCCUUUUAGAUUUAGGGAUCCUGUCCUCAAACUGUGUUUAUCUAUACUUACCUUUCCUUAAACCUUUAAUACUUAUUAAAUAGAGGAUUUUUUACAUCUCUCUCUGCAGUUAUCCUUGUGUAGGCCCAAAACAGUUACAUGGAACUUCAGUAGCCACAAGCUAUUAGGCAUCUCCGUGAUCUACUACAAGCAGUAAAAAGAUACUGUAUCCAAUCAUCUCCCCCCCCAACAUUCCAAUAUUAACAUUUGAGAAGACAGAUUUGCUAAAGAUGCAAGCAAAGUGCAGGAACCGGAAAAAGGAAGAGAAGCAUGGAAUGUUGGUGAGAGAAGGAUUCUGAGAGCCAAUGUUAUACUGGGGAGGGACCAUUGGAACCAGGAAGAGAGUUUGGUCUGGGGCUCUCUGAAGAGAGACAGCUCUGAACCUUUAUCCUGAACUAAUGCAACAAAUCCUAAGCAAAAGUGAUUUUUGUUGAAGAUCUUUUAUAUUCCUAUAUCUGUUCCUGAAUUCCUAAACAUCUACAUCUGUGUGGACUCAGUCGAAAUAGCAGUCUACCUGUAGAGUUUACCCUGAAGGUGACUGUUCUGAGCCAGCAGUGAAUCUCUCAAUCUUGAACUGCUAACAUCCUAGAGAAUUGAUUGAUUACUUAGCCUAGGGUUAGCUAAUCUAUAGAACCCAACUAGAUUAGGGAGGAUUCCCAUGCUUGCCUCAAUUGUGGCUAAGGGCAGAAGAUUGUUGUCCAUUGGGGAUUUAGGGAUUCCUGCUACCCAUUUUCCUGAUCCAAUCUAUGCACCCUACUCUUCAAUAAACCAUCUUAUAAA